UGCCAGCAGCCGAAUUAUAAGCUGGUGGUACGUCGCCAUGUCCCUUCUGCUCCCAAUUGAUCCUUUUUCGCAAUGAGGUACCCUACAAAGUGGUGUCUUGUGCUACCGCUACUCACAUAUUUUUCGCUGACAGCCUCAGCGUGGCCCACCAAGCCGCAUAAACCACCAGUGUGCAUCAUCGGCGCGGGUCCAGCAGGCUUGACAGCAGCGAGCAAACUCCAAGACAAAGGUAUCAAGGCCGUAGUCUUCGACAGGCAGGAUGCAGUUGGCGGCAAAUCCCAGGUGUAUUACGAUGAAGAAGGAAUAUUCCACCCGCUUGGUGCCGCCUUCUUCUCGAACGCAACCUACCCCGAAACCUUGAAAAUCAUCGACGAAUCCGGCGUCUCCAUCGAAGAAUUUGCACUCGCGGGUGCAAGAGAGCAGUUCUUCUUCAACAUCACCACCGGCGCAACCGAACCUGUCCCGGCACCCUCCCCCCUCUUUCUGCAGGCUGUGGCAGCCGAGAUACCACGAUAUAUACAGCUCUGGAAUCAGGUCUUCAAGCCGAUCGACGUGAUCAGCUACAAGAAUGGUGUUCCAGACGACCUGACCGUUUCCGGCGAGGAGUGGUUUAGGAACAACAAUUUCACCGCACUUCCCAUUUUGCUCACCAACCCGCUAGCGCUAUAUGGAUAUGGCGACAUUCGGAUCGUUCCGGCACUCUACAUUCUACAAUACUUUACACCCGACAUACUAACCGGAUUCGUCGGCCAACACAAUGUGUACUACACGGACUUCAACAAGAUUUGGGUGGAAUGGGUGAAGAAGCGGCUCUGCGAGACCCCGAUUAAUCUUUCGCACGAGAUUCGUUGCAUCGACCGCUCAGGAAAGAAUCCUGUUAUUAAAUAUACCAAACCGCACGGCAACUUCUACAAAUGGGGCAAGCAAGAGUGCUCAUCGCUGAUAUUUGCGUUCCCGCCGAAUAUCGAAAACCUCGAGAGGGCUGGUCUGGACUUGACCGAAGAAGAGUACGACGUCUUUUCAAACGUCGGCACGCACAACUACUUCUCAUCGGCCAUAGAGUUCGCACUCCCCUUCGGCGUAUCAUAUAUCGCUAACAGUUCGGCGCCGGGCGUGCCGCCACCCAACAUCGGCGAGCCCGUGGCUGUGCUGCGCCUCAGCGAGGCCUCCAACAUCUCGACAUCCUGGUCUUGGGGGCCGUAUAUGGAAUUCCAGUCGAUCCAGUCCGCUGAGGAUCUGCUCGUUUCGACCUUGAGCGAAAUCAACAAGGAUCCGCGUAAUGAGACCGCGCCACCCGAGCCGUUUACCCAGGAGAAUGUCAAGGCGUUCAGGAAGUGGGAUUAUUUUCCCCACUUUGACAGUGAGCCGCUGCGUAAUGGCUCCUAUACCAAGUUGAAUGCGCUGCAAGGGUGUAACAAGAGUUACUGGGCGAGCGGGCUCAAUGGCAUGGAGAUCGUCGAGUGGGCGGUCCGUGCCGGACUGGACGUCGUCGAUUCGUACUUCUAGGCGUCUGGUGCCCAAAAGGAGGAGGAACAAAACUGGGAAGGUUAUCGUCGCUUCGCACUAUACCCGGGCAGGAAGAGGAGGAUUUAAAAUCUGGUUUGGCUGUCUGUUUGCGUUUACGAGUCUCACGAGUCUCGUUCUGGUUUGGCGAUUUGGCUCUGAUGACUUGACUUUUGUAUAGAUGGAUGAUUGAUACCUCGCUUUCGUGUACGCCUUCGAUGAGCGUCAUGAUCACGCCUCCGUUACGACUACCGCAUGGAUGGGUUGGCAUGGGAUAUGAUUAUGACAUGACCACUUUAAUGGCUUGUAUAUUAGAUAGAUAAUGUAGAUAAUGCUC